AUGACAAGUGUCAUGACCGACAACAAUAGCGAUAUUAAUGCCAGCCAGAUCUUCACAACUCCUUUGUCCAGUACGGGGGGCGGUCUCAUUAACGAAAUCAAAGAUGCAAUAACUGAAAUGGAACAACUAAAAGUUUUAGAGUUAAAGCAAAUAUGUAAAUCUUUGGAUUUAGCAAUAACAGGUAAAAAAUCCAUCCUACAAGACCGAAUAAAACAGUUUCUGAGAAAAUCCUGUGAUAUUGGCCAUAUAGAUCCUUGGAGGCCCAAGACAAUAAAGAUCCUCAUUGCCAAAGUAAAGAUAAACUCAUCGUUACCUAAAUACUCUAUUCUUUGGGAAACUUUGAAAACAGGUGCAUUUAAGCAUCCUGUAGCAUCGGGAGAACUACCCGUAACUGCUCUCCAGAAUACUGUAACACCAACUUCUUCCCAACAACAAGUCUUACCGUAUUCCUUCACGUCACCGUUUUACAACCCCAUAGCACAAGUUCCGGAUGCUAGUAAAAAGAUAAAGCAAUUUAUAGGAAGAAGUUGUGCAAAGAUGAAGUUUAAAAUAGGCAAGUCAAAUCACGAUCUUUUGAAAUCCAAUAAAAAUCACAAACUUUACUUGUUUUGUGGGUUCUCGAUACCAUUUAUAUAUGACACCCUAGGUCACGAAGCUGUAGAUUUCCCAUACCCUUGUGAAUUAGUCUUCAAUGGUACCAAGCUAGAGGACAAUGUGAAAGGUUUGAAGAAGCAGAAUGGGACCGGAAGCCCUGCCAACUUAACGCCUUAUGUCAAAUCUUCAUCUGAGCUUAAUCAGUUGGACUUACAUUAUCUCAGUGCCGAAAAAGACUACUCUAUAAGUUGCUUUAUAGUGGAGGCUUUUCCACCUGAAACUCUUUUGGGAAAAAUCCUAGAGAAGCCCAAGAUUAUCAAACAAGCUACUAUUGCAUACAUCAAAAGAACUUUGAAUGAACAAGAUGACGAAGAUAUCAUAACUACUUCCACAGUGCUGACCUUGCAAUGUCCCAUAUCAUGUACGAGAAUGAAAUAUCCUGCAAAGACGGAAAAAUGUAAGCACAUCCAAUGUUUUGAUGCUCUUUGGUUUCUUCAUUCUCAAUCCCAAGUACCCACAUGGCAAUGUCCCAUUUGUCAACAGCCUGUGAAAUUUGAUCAAUUGAAAAUUUCCGAAUUUGUCAACGACAUUAUUCAAAACUGUAAAGAGGAUGUGGAACAAGUUGAGAUAUCUGUUGAUGGGUCGUGGAAACCAGUGCAUGACAGUUCCGCGAUUACGGCGGACAAUGCUAAUCAAGAUUACCAAGGGAAGAGUGAGCAAUUAGACGCUGUCAAACAAGAACAGGAUAAUGACAACAGGAAUGCGUUCGACAUUAACCUGGAUGAUGGUGUGAACCAUAAUGAGCCUGAAAUCAUAUCCUUAGAUAGCUCAGACGAUGAACCCUUUGUUCCCGCUAAUGGAACCUACCCAACACAUGCAGGCUCUAGAAAUUAUCAAUUAAGGGCAGACGUAUUUCCAUCUGAAUCAGAAGGCUCAAGUGAGUACAACCCUAACCAUACUUCAACGCCGAAAGGUUCCCCUACUGUAGAUCAGAAUGAAUGUCAAGAUCCUUUCCAAAUGAGAUCGAUUUUCAAUCAAGGUAUAAACCCAAGCGUGAAUGAUACGCCCACGAAUAACAGUAGUAUCAAUUCCUUUGUUACAGCUACGAACGGUGAUAGUAGGAUAUUCUAUAACAGAGGGCCAUCGACGCCGCUACUUCCGAACGUUUUACAAAAUUUAACCAAUCAAACAGAAGCUCAAAGGAAUCUCCAUAAUCCCAAUUAUAAUACUGUAGAGAGUGAUGUCAAUUUAUUGGGUAUAUCCGGCGGUUUUCCCCCUAUCCCCACGAUGGAACCAAAUUCUGAAGCAGAAACUGGAGUAGUGCCAAGAGCCACAUCAGCCACUCAGCCGCCGCCAUUCAUACCUGUGAGCACUACCGGCCACGGUGAUGAUGGCAAGAGCAGAAAAAGAAGGUAUUCUAAUGUCUCUAUCUACAUUCCAAAGAACCCGUAUGCCACCCUAAUGAAGCGGAGACCGCAAGCAAAUCGCACCGUAAUCAAUAAACCACCAGCCCAACCUAAUGACUCUAACGCAACAACUCAAGAUAACUCAGAAGUGAUCGAUCUAACCUCUGAUUGA